CGGGAGCGACACCCCGGGGCUGCGCUGUGACACCCCCGCCCCGGGGCGGCCACCAGCGGCACCAGUGGUGGCCAUGGAAGCACCGGCGGUGGCCAGAGAAGCACCAGCAGUGGCACCGGCAGCACCGGUAGUAGCCAGAGAACCACCAGUGGUGGCCAGAGAAGCACCGGCGGUGGCCAGAGAACCACCAGUGGUGGCCCUGGAAGCACUGGCAGCACCGGCGGUGGCCAGAGAGGUGCCAGCGGUGGCACCGGCGGUGGCCAGAGAACCACCAGCAGCACCAGCGGUGGCCAGAGAAGCACCAGUGGUGGCACCGGCAGCACCGGUGGUGGUCAGAGAGGCACCGGCAGCACCGGCGGUGGCCAGAGAAGCACUGGCAGUGGCCAGAGAAACACCAGCGGCAGCACCGGCAGCACCGGUGGUGGCCAGAGGAGCACCAGCAGUGGCCAGAGAGGCACCGGCAGCACCAGCGGUGGCCAGAGAAGCACCGCUGGUGGCCCUGGAAGCACCGGCAGCACCAGCGGUGGCCAGAGAAGCACCGGCAGUGGCCAGGGAAGCACCGGCAGCACCAGCGGUGGCCAGAGAAGCACCGGCAGUGGCCAGAGAGGCACCAGCAGCACCGGCGGUGGCCAGAGAAGCACCGCUGGUGGCCCUGGAAGCACCGGCGCUGGUCCCGGUGGCCCCGGCAGCAGCGGCCCCCGAAGCCGCGGUGGCGGGGGUGCCAUGGGCGUUGCCGGGGGCUCUCCCCGAGGUGCCGCCGUCCCCCUGUGCCCUCGGUCCCUGCUUCAACGGCGGCGCCUGCGCCCCGGCUCCCGGUGCCGGCUACAGCUGCCGCUGCCCCCCUGGCUUCCGCGGCUCCAACUGCGAGCGCCGUGCCGACCGCUGCGCCGACCACCUUUGCCUGCACGGUGGCCAGUGCCGGGACCUCGGCCGCGGCGCCUUCUGCAAAUGCCGGCCGGGUUUCUGGGGCCGGCGGUGCGAGGUGAACGCCGACGACUGCGCCCCCAACCCCUGCGCCAACGGGGGCACCUGCCAGGACGGCGCCAACUCCUUCAGCUGCUCCUGCACCCUGGGCUACGCCGGCCCCCGCUGCCGCCGCCGCGCCGAUGCCUGCGCCUCCGCGCCCUGCCUGCACGGGGCCACCUGCUUCACCCACUUCUCCGGCCACGUCUGCGCCUGCCCCCCCGGGUUUAUGGGGGUGCGUUGCGAGGAGGAGGUGGGGGGUCCGUCACCGGACCCCCGCGGCCGCCGCACGCCGGCCCCCCUGGCGCUGGUCUGUGCCCUCCCCGUGGUGGCUCUGCUGGCACCGGGGUUGGGGCUGGCCAUGGCGGCCCGGAGGAGGAGGAAGGGGGAGAGCAGCAGCCGCCCGGCGCAGACGGCGGCCCCCCCGGCCACCAGCCCCCCCGGUAGGGACCAGCGGCCACCGCGGGCCUCGGCCACCCGGGUGUGACACUGCAGCGAUGGACCCGCGAUGGACCCCCCCGGGACCCCCCCCCCCCACCUUUGGGGACUGCCCCGAGGGGCUGUGGGGGGGCCAUAAAGCUCUUUGAGAUGUU